AGGACCCGCAGGCGGAGGGCGGGGCGGCAGCUGUCAGUGCAUACAAAGGCGGCACCAUGGAGGGGCUCAGAGCUGGAGGAUGGCACUGCAGGGAGGACACAGCGGAGGGCAGCCGGGAACCCCGGAGUCCUGGGAGCCCAGGGCCGAGCAGGGCCUGAUGGAGUGGCACCGGGCCCGACAGGUCUAUCUGGUGACGGGCGGCUGCGGGUUUCUGGGCUCCCAUCUGGUGCGGAUGCUGGUGGAGCGGUCGCCCAACGUGGCCGAGGUGCGUGUCUUCGACCUGCAGCUGGAUCCGGCCCUGGGGCAGCUGGGGACAGAGAAGGUGAAGGUGAACCUGAUCCGGGGGGACAUCAGUAGCCCCACGGACGUUGGGGCUGCCGUGAAGGGGGCGGACGUGGUGAUCCACGCAGCCAGCUUGGUGGAUGUGUGGGGCAGGGUCCCGCCCGAGAAGAUCACAGAGGUGAACGUUCACGGGACCAAGAAUGUGAUUGACGCCUGCAUUGAGCAUGGGACCCAGUAUCUGAUCUACACCAGCAGCAUGGAGGUUGUGGGCCCCAACACCAAGGGGGAUCCCUUCUACAGGGGGAAUGAGGACUCGGCCUACGAUGCCCUGCACGAGCAGCCGUACCCUCUGAGCAAGGCGCGGGCCGAGCGCAUGGUCAUUGAGGCCAAUGGGAUGCCUCUGGGGGGUGGUCGAUGGAUGGUAACCUGCGCCCUGCGCCCCACGGGGAUCUAUGGGGAGAAACACCCACUAAUGAAGGAAUUCUACGAGAAGGGGCUGCAGACGGGACGGAGGCUGCUCCGGGCCGUUCCCGUCAGCACCGAGCACGGCCGGGUCUACGUGGGCAACGUGGCCUGGAUGCACGUGCUGGUGGCUUGGCAGAUGCAGGAGGCCCCGGCGGCCAUCGGGGGCCAGGUCUACUUCUGCUACGACGCCUCCCCCUACAAGAGCUACGAGGACUUUAACAUGGAGAUCCUGGCCUCCUGCGGCUUCCGCCUCGUGGGCUCCCAGCCCGUCGUGCCCUUCUGGCUCCUGCGCUGCCUGGCCUUGGCCAACAGCCUCAUCCGGUGGCUUCUCCGGCCCUUCUUCUCCUACGCCCCCCUGCUCAACCCGUACACCCUGGCCGUGGCCAGCACCACCUUCACGGUGCAGACGGACAAGGCCCAGCGCCACUUCGGCUACCAGCCCCUCUACACCUGGGAGGAGAGCCGAGCCCGCACUGUGGCCUGGAUCCAGGAGGUCGACGCCCAGAGAGAGGCGGGGAAGUAGGGCGGGUGGGAGCCACAGCGGAGCGGUGGACUGGGCAGCCGGGUCUUGAUUCCAGCCUGCACGUACCUUUGCAAUGAAUCCAGCUCCGGAGAGAGGGAUCCAGAUCCAGGUGUUGUUCCAACCCACCAGGGUCAGUGCCAGGGGAGCAGGAAAUCCAGAUCUGGGUUUUACUUCCGCGGGUGUCAGGGCAGGGGAUGUGUUCAUCCGGAUCCCGCUUUUGAUUCAGCCCAUGGGUGUCUGAGCAGGGGAUGUGGGAAUCCGCAUUGGGUUUUGGUCUGAUCCUACCUACAGCCUUCCAGUGAGUCCGGCUCCAUGGAGAUGGAUUCCAGAUCUGGGUUUUGCAUCCAGCCUGUGCCCCUCCGUGCCCAGGAAUUUGCCAGUCCAGGUCUUGUCUCAUCCCAGCACACAGGGGACUUGGGAUCCAGAUCCGUGUUGGACUCCGGGAGUCCAGCUUCUGCUUCUCCCCGCAAGUGCAUGACUGCAGACCAGCCCACUCUGUUUGCAAAUGGAGCCAAAUCUGGAUUUUGUUACCAUCCUAGUGCUUUGGUCCAGAUCCCCAGUGCACUUCGGGCGAGGAACCGGCUCUACUGUAAAGGGCUCUGGACCUGGAGUCCCCCCCCCAAGCCCCAUGUCAUCGCAGAGGAGGGUCAAACAGCUGGACCCGGAUCGUACUCAAGAAAUCUGGGUCCUGGACUCCAUUCUCCAUGGAGAUCCAGCUCUGAGCUUUCCUUCCCACCUAUGUAUUAUCUGCCGGACUGGACCCCAUUCUCCAUGGAGACCAACCCGGGUAUUAUACCGCUUGGAUUGGAGUCCAUUCCCCAUGGGACUCCAACUCCAGGCUUUCCUUCCCCGCAUACCUCUAGUCCAAGCAUUAAUUUCCUCAAUAGUUAAUGAUAAUAAUUAAUAAUAUUUUAUUAUGACUAAUUCUAAUAAGAGGCCUAAAGCCUACAGCCCAUUACACGCAGACACACCAAGCAAAGUCUGGUAACUUAUGUAUUAAUUAAACUGUUAAAGGAUCACUUGA